AUGCUCCGCUCCCGUAUCCAGACCGGCCUCGUCGCCGCCGCCCGCGACGCCCGUGCCGUCCGCGCCGUCCCCUCGGUUGCCCGCGUCGCCCAGGUCGCCCGCAUCAACACCGCUGCCCGCGUUCCCCGUGCCGCCGCUGCCGCCAUGGUCCCCUCGACCCUCGGUGCCAUCCGUGGCUACGCCGCUGAGGCCGGCGGCCGCUUCGCCCGUACCAAGCCCCACUUCAACAUUGGUACCAUCGGCCACGUUGACCACGGCAAGACCACCCUCACUGCUGCCAUCACCAAGCACCUUUCGGAGCAGGGUGGUGGUAAGUUCAUGGACUACUCCCAGAUCGACAAGGCUCCCGAGGAGAAGGCCCGUGGUAUCACCAUCUCGACCGCCCACGUCGAGUACGAGACCCCCAAGCGUCACUACGCCCACAUUGACUGCCCGGGUCACGCCGAUUACAUCAAGAACAUGAUCACCGGUGCUGCCCAGCUCGACGGUGCCAUCAUCGUCGUCUCGGCCACUGACGGUCAGAUGCCCCAGACCCGUGAGCACCUGCUCCUCGCCCGCCAGGUCGGUAUCAAGAAGCUGCUUGUCUUCAUCAACAAGGUUGACCAGGUCGACGAUCCCGAGAUGCUCGAGCUCGUCGAGAUGGAGAUGCGUGAGCUCCUCUCCGAGUACGGCUUCGACGGCGACAACACCCCCAUCGUCAUGGGCACUGCCCUUGGCGCUCUCGAGGGCAAGGACCCCGAGCGCGGCACUGCCAAGAUCCAGGAGCUGAUGGACGCCGCCGACAACUGGCUCGACGUCCCCGAGCGUGACCUCGACAAGCCCUUCCUGAUGUACGUUGAGGACGUCUUCUCCAUCUCUGGCCGUGGAACCGUCGCCACCGGCAAGGUUGAGCGUGGCACCAUCAACAAGGGUGCUGAGGUCGAGAUUGUCGGUCUCGGCAACCCCCUCAAGACCACCGUCACCGGUAUCGAGAUGUUCCACAAGGAGCUCGAGCGUGGUGAGGCUGGUGACAACAUGGGUGCCCUCCUCCGUGGUCUCAAGCGUGACCAGAUCAAGCGUGGUCAGGUCAUCGUCGCCCCCGGCUCGAUCAAGUCGCACAAGAAGUUCUCCGCCAACCUCUACAUUCUCUCCAAGGAGGAGGGUGGCCGUUCGACCCCCUUCAUGAACAACUACCGCCCCCAGAUGUUCCUCCGCACCACCGACGUCACCUGCUCCCUCACCUUCCCUGAGGGCACCGCCGACGUCCACGAGAAGAUGGUCAUGCCCGGAGACUCGAUCGAGAUGGUUGCCGAGCUCAUCCACGACAUUGCCCUCGAGGAGGGAUCCCGUUUCACCCUCCGUGAGGGUGGCCGCACCAUCGGCACCGGUAUCGUCUCCAAGCUCCUCGACUAA